GAAGCCAGUGCAGAACUACUGUUCGCCCAGCAGGUUCCGGAUGCUGCGGGAAAGGGGGCCAAAGAGUUCAAGGCAUCCUCCGGGAAGUUGAGCAAGCUGCUUGGCUGGGGCACCUGCAACAGGGUUCCUGGUGGGCUUCUUAGCCCGGACUUGGAGCCAUAUCUCCUGGCUGUGGACCUGGCCUUGGUGCUAGGGUCUCCUCACGUGGGACUCGGUGGCCUGAUACUUCCCCAGGCUGCACCUCUGCCCUGGGCCCUUCAGUCCUGGAGUCCCUGGAUCUUCUCACACCCACCAUGAAUACCUCCCAAUUCCCGGCCUCCCUAUUCCCAGGAUUCCUGCAGGGUAAGAAUGGGACCCAUCCAUUGGAUUUCCUCUACAACUUCUCUGUUGGCUGCCAGGAUUCAGUGGACCUGUUGGCCUUCAUCAUCACCACCUACAGCAUUGAGACCAUCUUGGGGGUCCUGGGAAACCUCUGCUUGAUAUAUGUGACCACCAGGCAAAAGGAGAAGUCCAACGUGACCAACCUACUCAUUGCCAACCUGGCCUUCUCUGACUUCCUCAUGUGCCUCGUAUGCCAGCCCCUCACAGCCACCUACACCAUCAUGGACUACUGGAUCUUUGGUGAAGUCCUUUGCAAGAUGUUAACUUUCAUCCAGUGCAUGUCAGUGACAGUCUCUAUCCUCUCAUUGGUCCUCGUGGCCUUGGAAAGGCACCAGCUCAUCAUCCAUCCAACAGGCUGGAAGCCCAGCAUUUUCCAUGCCUACUUGGGGAUUGUGAUCAUCUGGUUCAUUUCUUGCUUCCUCUCCUUGCCCUUUCUGGCUAACAGCAUGCUGAGUGACCUCUUCCACCACAACCACUCUAAGGAUGUAGCGUUUCUGGAGGACAAGGUGGUCUGCAUUGUAUUCUGGUCCUCAGACCACCACCGUCUCAUCUACACCAGCUUCCUGCUGCUCUUCCAGUACUCUGUCCCUCUAAUUUUCAUCCUGGUCUGCUAUGUACGUAUCUACCAGCGCCUGCGGAGGCAGAGGCAUGCUUUCCACAAGGACGCUGGCAGUUCACGAGUGGGGCAGAUGAAGAGGAUCAAUGGCAUGCUCAUGGCAAUGGUGGCUGCCUUUGCCGUGCUCUGGCUGCCCCUGCAUGUGUUCAACACUCUGGAGGACUGGUACCAGGAAGCCAUACCUGCUUGCCAUGGCAACCUCAUCUUCUUGCUAUGCCACAUGCUUGCCAUGGCUUCCACCUGUGUCAACCCCUUCAUCUACGGCUUUCUCAACACCAACUUCAAGAAGGAUAUGAAGGCCCUGGUGCUGACCUGCCAUUGCAGGUCACCCCGGAGGGAGUCGGAGCAUCUGCCCCUGUCCACUGUGCACACGGACCUCUCCAAAGGAUCUCUGAGGCUGGGUAGCAAGUCUAACUGCAUGUAGUCCUGUCCAGGCUUUUCCUUACCAUUUUCUUUUGACAAACCCUUUCACUUAGCUUAAGUAGACCCGUUGCAGACCAGGUUAGCAUCCUGUUAUUUUUGGCUUUGGGAACUAAGAUAGGCUGGCAAGAGACUUGAAGCUUGGCAGUCAGAUGGUUUAGACAUUUGCUUGUGGGAGAAUUUUGAAUCCAGAUUCUGCAGAUUACACAGUGAACUUUGCAUUUGAGCUUCAGGGUGUUACAGCCAGAGACGGUGGACACUAACAGCCACUCAGCACAGAUGUCCAGCCUAAAAACCUUCAUCCACGUCCUGGGCAUUCAGCUAACUUGCCCUGAGCAAUGUGCUAUGCUCUUUCAAGGGAUGCUGGGUAUCCCAGUAGCCUUCGACAGAAGCAGGUUCAGGGAGUUGGAAGUCUGUUUAAUAAAGGAACAGGGACAGUAGGAAUGGGCAACAAUGAAUGUGACUGUCUCAUCUAUGGAGGUCAAAGACCAGUGCCCCUCCUGGCUGCUGAACUGGGUUCCAGGCAUCCUCAGUGUACACACUAGACAGCUUGCCCUUAGAAAGAAGGGAAUGCCAACACUGCUCUUGGCCCACAUACGAUGGGAUAUUACAGCCCAGUUCUGUCUGUGUGGAGCAACCUUCCAAUACAGUGAAUACACUCGUCCCACGGAAGGCCUGUCCCCACUCUGAGCAGUGUCUGAUGGGCUCUCCGGCCUUGGUCCCUUACCAAGCAUAUGUGUAACUGAUGUCCAGGACAGGUGGUUCUGGCUACCACUUUCUUCUAGCUCGUCUCAGCGUUUGGUCACAUUCAAGUUUAAAUCCUUUGUUCCUGGAUUUUGAGAUUUCUUUUCUUUUCUUUUUUGAAAUGGGGUCUUACUAUAUAGCCCAGGCUGGCCUAGAGCUCCUGCCAAGCCUCAUUUCUCAGCACUGGUUGAAGCGUAAGUCAUCACACAUCAUGAGAGAUGAGUGUUUGAGGCACUCUUGUUCUCUGGUAGAGGCUAGUGCUGACUAUUUUAAGUGACCAACUUUGAGCAAAGACUAGACUUUCAGGACCACCCUGGCAAGAUGUCAUUGUCCAAACACACACACACACACACACACACACACACACACACACACACACACACACACACACACAACCAGGACCUCAGCCUUCUCCAGAUACGGUUCUGGUUCUUAGAAUUUAUGCUUUUCAUUAAUUAGGCUCAAUGGGGCCAAGAUGCCAAUGGUUCAGGUUAGAUAUUUGGUGAAGGUGUUAGGAAUUGGGAUGUUAUGUAGAAGCUGCCUGUUGCUAGAGUUUUCCUGCCUUGCCCACAGUCAGGACAAAUCUUUGUCACCCGCCAGUCCCACAGC